CCACAAAGCUAUGCAGUCGGCGCGUUCCGUCCAAGAUGGCGGAAGUUGAGAAUAUUAUUCUCUCUCUCAUCGAAAAAGAAAUCCCUGAGGGGAAGAAAGCACUGCGAGAUGGACACGAAAACUUGGAUAGAGUUGCACUGUACUGUCAACAAAAGUACCAGGAGUCAAACAACAGGUACAAGGGGGCUCCUGACAAGGCAAAAGUGCGCGAAGAAACUCGAGAAGUCUUGAACGAAACGAAACAGUUCGCCACUCAGUCGUUGGCCAGUGUUGCUUACCAGAUAAACACUUUAGCUGUCAAUAUGUUGAACUUGUUUGAUCAGCAAGCCUUUCAGUUGCAGACUAUGGAAUCAAAAAUUAACCAUAUAACUGAGAUUGUUAAUAUCCACAAAGAAAAAGUAGCCAGACGUGAGAUAGGGGUUUUAGCAACUAGUAAAAACACAACAAGAACCCACAAGAUUAUAGCUCCAGCCAAGCAGGAAAAGCCGGAAAGAUAUUCAAGAAAACCUGUGGACUACAGCAUACUUGAUGAUGUUGGUCAUGGAGUUAAAUUGAGCCAGUCAGAUCGCCGCCAAUCAAGGUCCUCUCGCAAAGAGAGGACACCUUCUGUUACAAGUGCUCAGACCCCUGCUAACAUACGCAGCAAUGUUCGUGUUCCAAUCAAGCCACCACCUCCCCCUGUCCCACCUCCCAUGCCACCAUCUCUUCCUUCAGGUGCUGAUACUUACGCUAGCAUUGGAAACACAGAGCAUAUCCCUCCACCUCCUCCUCAAGUACAUAGUUCACAAAUGGUCACUCCAAAUAAGGUGGUUGUUCAGCCUCCUGUGGCUCCACCACCACCACCUAUGGUAGGAGGAGGACCUUCCCCUCCACCACCCCCUCYAUUCCCUUCGAAUACCAACCUACCACCCCCUGAAGACCAAGGAGAAGAAACUUAUGAAGCUGUUGAUGAUAUGAUGAGUCCACCUCCACCACCCCCUCCCCCAGAGGACUUUUACAAUACGCCCUCCUCACUUCCUAUGCCGUUGCCACCUGAAGAGGGCUGGUAUGACGUUGCACCACCCGUAAGCUCUCCACAAAUGCCUCCACCACCACCUCCAAUGAUAGAAAGUGGUGCUCCUGCUGAAUACCUAGAAAAAGUUUUGGCUCUUUAUGACUAUACAGCAAUGAGAGAAGAUGAGUUAACCUUCACAGAAAACACCRUUAUUUAUGUUGUCAAGAAAAAUGAUGAUGGAUGGUAUGAAGGAGUGACUGAAGAAUCUGGACAAAGUGGGCUGUUUCCUGGAAAUUAUGUGGAAGCUGUUUAAUAUGGUGCCUAGAAAUAUUUUUUUAAUCAACUAUUAGUAUUGUUUGUUUUUUCUCUCUCUGAAUAAUUUUCACUGUCUAUCACAUUAUUUUACAGUGCAACUACUGUAACUGGGGCCACUUAGACCAGUUAGGCAAGAGAACCAAUUAAAAUGUAGAAUGAAAACAAUACAUUAUAACUUUUGGUAGUGGAGCCAAUCAGAAACCUAGAGUGCAUGAGAAUUGUAAUUUGACCCUGAUGUUACAUGUAGACAACUAGAUAUCCAUCGUCAUAUUCUCGUGGAAUUAAAAUGUUGAAAGGCUAUUGUUUUCUGCUGCUUUCUGAUUGGCUCCUCUAUAUGCCCUAAGUGGGAUUGUAUUGUUUUAAUUCUACAAUUUGAUUGGUUCUCACUGUCUAAGUGACCCUGGUUAUAGUAGUUGCACUGUAACUAGCUUAACUGGCAAUACCCCAGUCAUUUGGUACUUGAAAAAGCAUUACUGAUUCUUAUUACUCCAAUUUUGAGUUGAUUUCUCAUCCUCUGCCUCCAAAUAUUCUCAAGUCAAAAAAGGCACUUGUAUAUGUAUCUGUACAUAUUCUGUAUCCUGAGUUAUGGGUGGUUUAGUAUAUGUUACAUGAGUAAGGAGAACUCAGAAUUGGGAUAUUUAAUUGUAAAAUUUCUUAUUUUUCUAUCAGCUUUAUCAAUUUACAUAAUUUUGUACAAAAUGCCAUGGUUCAGGCACACUGCUGUAUGUGAAGUCUUUUUGAGUUCCCUGGAUGAGGACAUCAGGAAGACUUAUGGGAGAGGGGGGUAAGGAUUGAAACAGGUACGACAAUGAAAUGCAGUGACCCAGUCUUAAAUAUUCAAAUUAUUGCAGUCGUUCUUAAUAGAUUAGUCAUGGCAGCAAAUUAGGUUUGGGCUAGAGAGCUGCUAUGUAGACUGAGGUGAAUGUCAAUCUCAUUUCCGUAAAUUCCAUAGGCAUGUGCACUUGAAAGCUUCAUGUUUUCUGACAGUGUCAUGGAAACACCUUGAUUGACAUGCACUGAAACCCUAUUUAGCCAUGAUUGCAAAAUCGUAUGAUUCUAUGCAUGUAAACACACUGGUUUGGAAGUGAUCUCAAUAAGCAUAAGAUGUGACAAACUUUGCUUUGAUUUUCUCCAAGAAAUAUUAAUAGUUAGGAAAGGCAUUUCACGAAACACAUCCUCUAUCCCACUCAACUCAAAGUUGGCUAAGAAACCUGACUGACAAUCAGUACUUAUUUUCAGCCCUCCUCUCAGUCUCCUCUGCAGGCAAACUGUAAUCAGGUUUCUGGCUUACAGUCCCUUUGAUGUUAACAACACAGGACUCCCAAAAAGGGUAAAGCAAGAGUUCUAAAUUCCAACUCGAACAAUAACAAACCAAUAUCAUUGCAGCAGUUUUCCCAGUGAAAUUAAAAUCUUAGCCCUCAAGCAACAGCUACACAGUAUGUUAUAAAGAGCACUGCAAUUUUCUUUUCACAGGACAGCAAACAAUUAAACACUUCAUAAUAUAUUUUCCAUGAGUUAAGUUCUGAAAUAAUUUAGCUAAUUUGUUUAGCUUGUGGGGAAUAGCAACGAUAACUUAGGGGAGUCGGAACCAUGUGUUGUCUGCAGAGGAGACAGUGUUUGAAUAUGGGAGGAUAAAACAUAAUUUUUUAAUGAACUAUUGCUUGAACAUUCACAAGGUAGGGCCCUAGUAAUUGUAUGAAUAAUUGUAAAUAAGAACAUAUAUUUUUGCAGGCAUAACAGUUAAAAGCACUUUUAAUUAGCAACAAAAACAAUUAUAACAAAAUAAAGCUUAAAUAUUUUA